CCUGGAUUUCUGGUUAACGAAAGUUUACCAAAAUUCGGUCGAUAUUUUGAUGUAGAUUCUCGUAGUUUCUCACUCAAAACAUGUGUCGGAAAAUGAUGUUUAACCUCGCGGUGAUAGUUCUAUGUGCCAAUGGGUAUCUUGGAUACACACCAUUUAGACUGACGGACUGCACCUCCAGUCCUAACAGAGUGGUCACUGUCAGCGGCAGACUGUUAGAUCAUCCGGUCCGGAUCCCGGGCCAUGUACGAGCUCCAACCACCGUGGUCAUACACAGGCCCGUAAAUUCGGGGAUUAGGUUGGACGUCACUGUUGAAAAGUUCAUUUUCUUCGACUACUUCGCUCUCCCUUGUGUAUCUCGAGUUGGAAGUUGUUCCUACGACGCUUGUGAACUGUUGGGUCGCUAUGACAAUAAGUGUCCAGGGCAACUAAGAGACAGCAGCUUCCCGUGCACGUGCCCAUUUCGAGAUGGCGAAUACAACCUUCAAGCAUUUCCAUUUAACGUUCCGAACGUCAGAGGACCAUGGUCGUUUCUUGCAUACGGCGACUUCCGGGUCACCGGACGUCUGGUGAACAUCACUUCUGGCGAGGAGGUCAACUGCUACAGCGUGGAGUUUACAGUGCAGAGUGCGGCCAUCAGUUCCCCGUGGUCACUGUGGGAUUGCGAGGUUCGAUUAUACACUGCAAUCGGGUCAUUGUCGAGUCUACUGUUGGAUCCGUCCGCAACAAGUCCACCAGUAAUAAACAUGCAGCAUAUAGUGUGUUUCGUAGCAGCGUUGUCGCUGGCCUCCGCAACGUUAAAGUUUCAACUGCAUGAAUGCCAUACACAGAACCCUAUCUUGCAUCUCUCCAACCCACAUCUCAGCGCCGAUCCCGUCCACAUCCCGGGACCGGAAACCGGUGACGUCGACGUACAGAUCCUUCGGCCGGUUGACGGAAGCUAUACGUUAGACGUCCACGUUCAAACUCACGUGUUGUUCGGUUUCGUUGACGUCCCCUGCAUAUCGAACCUUGGAAGCUGCUCCUACGACCUGUGUGGAAUCCUGAGUGGACAGCAAUUCAACAACACGCACCACUGCCCCCUCGAGAUCGCUGCCUCCUCCCCGGACUUCCCGUGCGCGUGCCCGUUCGAUGCCGGAAAUUACCACCUCAAUCCCACCACCUUCCAGAUACCGGAACUUAGCGGGCUCCUCAAGUGGCUGGCCUCGGGCGACUACAAGGUGCACUUCACCAUCAAGAACACGAGAACAUCGGAAGUGGUCGCAUGCUAUGACGUUCAAUUUACCACGGCGGCCGACUGUUCCGGUAUCAGCUGUCUUUUCGGCCGGAAGCGGGUUUCCAAGAGGAAUGCCUUCGGUGUUGCGUUCACUGUUGACAUUUAAACUGGCUGUUAUAAAGCGGAUUUUAUUAAUAUAAAAAGAGACCAGGCCCCGUGUUCACAAAACGAUUUUGCAAUCGAAAAUCGAUUUUAACUGACAUCGAUUUUCAUUUUUGCCUAUCAACUACAGUGGAAAUCUAUUUUCAAUGACAAGCAAAAUCGAUUUUCGAUUGCAGAAAAUGUUUUGUGAACACGGGGCCCGGCAAUCCUUUUGUUAAUCUC